AUGUCACAAACCUACCCUCACCUUGCUUUUGUCUACUUCCGCAGUGGUUACCCGAUAUCGUUCCAAUUUAGGUUCUCGCGCGAUACGCCUUUCGCGGAAUUGAUACCGACGCUUAACUCUCUCUUGCAAUACCCGGAAAAUCGGAAGGUUGUCAAGCUUGAGUACCGUUCUCCUUCACUUGAUGACGAGGGAGACGUCCAGCUCACCCCAUUGGAGGUCAAGAACGAUGAAGAUUUAGCGGUUUUGUGGUCAACUUUUGUUCGAUAUUACUCGAAGGGUCUGAUCGAGUUGAAUGCAAAACUACAAAGAUCGGGAGCUGACGUUAUCAAAAUGUUGUGUCGUCCUCAACUACCAGUGUUUAACAAUAUGUAA